AUGGACCGGUAUAAUGAUUUCAUAUAUUUAUGUAAAAAAUAUGACAAUAAUAUAAACUUUAUAAGAAGGGAUAUAAAAUGUAAAGACAAUUUUUUGGUUAAAAGCAGUGAAAUAUAUACCAAGAUAUUUAGUAAUUGCGAUUAUAUAGAUAAUAAUACUUUAAAAACAUAUGGCUUAUUCUUUGUAAGUAGUAAAUAUGAGGAAAUUACCAAAAAAAGCCGGGUUAAAAAUAAAGAUAAUUUAUCAUAUUCAAUAAAUAGAAUAUCAAAUGAGAUUAAAAAUUUACAGCCAAAAACAGAUAUACACAAAUCUGUUUUAAAUUGCUUAACGAAUUUGUUAAGUAUAUUUGUUGAUAUUCUUAAUAAAUAUGAACAAAAUUUAAGUAGUUAUCAUGUGAAAUUAAAUAAAUAUACGAAUUUUUAUUUUUAUGAUACCAAUAAUAUUAAAUGCAAUUUAAGUUAUUUAAACACAUUAAAUAAUUAUAUAUAUUCUCCCCACGCCUCUGAUACACAAUUAAAAAAAAAUGGAAAUAACGAUUUUUGUGAAAACUUUAAAAUUAGUUCUCUGAAUGUAAACACUUCCCAUGGCAUUGGCUAUAAAGAGACGGAAAAUUUUGUAAACUAUGAUAAAAAAUAUAUUAAUGAUAUAAAUAAAGAUCAAAAUAUAAAAAAUAAUGUAAAUUAUUAUGAUCGUAACAAUGAAUUUUUAAAGCCUGAAAAAAAUCUAUCAUAUAAUAAAGAACCCUCAAAUAACAUUUUCGAACACAAUUUAAUUAAAGACAUUGAUAAUAAUGAUAAUAUGAAUAACAAAUUGCGUAACAGAAAAAAGAAAGAGAUAGUAUAUGAUACAUUCAUUUUAGAGGAAGAAGAAAAAAAAAAAAAUGAAAACCGAUUUAAUGAGGGAUAUGAAUUAAAUAAUAACCAGAAAUUAGAAUUCAAAAAAUUUGUAGAUUUAUUUGAAAAGGAAGAAAAUACAUAUAUAAUGGAAACUAAAAAUAAAAUAGCUAAAAUAAAUAAUUUAAUGAAUAUAUUUGUAAAUAAAAUAUAUGAACAAAAUGAAAAUUUAAAAAUGAUUGAACAUAUAGUAGAAGAAAGUAUAGAAAAUGUUUCUCAAGGGAAUACUUAUUUAACUAAAAUAAAAAAUAAAAAAAGCAUGAACUCACUUAUAUUUUUUAUUCUAAUAUUUACAUCUGUUUUUUUGUUUAUAUUUGAUUUUUUUCGAUAA